AUGCAGCUGCUACAGGUUGUAGCAGGCAGCCGUAUCCCAAACGAAUAUUAUCAAUACCGCGUGAACGACUUCCAGAGUGUGUUCAAAAAGCUCCAGCGAACGUUAUUGACCCCUCCGACACAUUUCGUGUUUUCACCGCAGUGGUUGCUGGAUACGGAUAUUUACGCGAUAGCUCAAGCUGAACGUUAA